AUGCACACUCAGACCAUUCCUCAGAGAUCACUCUCCCAAACAUCUACCACUUCCUCGCGCUCCAAUCAAUCCCAGAAGUCCUCGAGACUCGCAAACAAACUAUCCUCAAAGAUCUUCCGCUCCAAGUCUCCUGCUCCCAUCGACAUUCCCAGGAACCGAACCUCAAACAUUCCACGGAGCAACCCCGAAGCUUCUUACUUCCCUCAAAGCUACACCUCCACCAGCCCUACAGACAUGUCACCCACAGCCACGUCCCCACAGUCCCCCAGGUCGGACUAUGAGGUCAAGCGUGCUUCGACCCCGACUCGCAAGAGCAGCGGAGACUACAAGCGCUACAGUGGAACCGUCAACCACUGCGGUCGACACUCAAAUGACUGGCUAUUUGGUGGCUUCAGUGUCCGCAACUCUGUCCGCGGUGGCAUUGAGAAGCUUCGUCACUCUGACAAGGAGGGCUGA